UUCAGAAAUGUCAGUAAAUCUAGGUGUUCGUUUAAAAUAGAAACUAUUUACUAGAUUUAACUAGGCGAGCGCGAGGAAAAAUGGCAACAGGUGAUCAAAGUUUCAAUAGAUAUCGUCUUUCUUCAUCUUUGAUAUUGGUAGCGAAGAUAGGCGAAUCGAAUAAAAAUGAGAAUUAUGAGAUUUUAAUGAUUAAGCGCUCAGAUCAAACUGCAACUAUUAAAGAUCAAUGUGUCUUUCCCGGCGGUUUGUUCGAAAGUGCCGACGAGAGUGAAGAUUGGCUGGCUUAUUUUAAAGAAUUUGGGGUGCAGUAUAGUGAUUUACGAAAUCUCUGUCCAAACGAUACUGUACCAAGGCCUAACAUUUUGAUAACUCCAGUUGAUACAAAAGUGAGAAGAGAAAUUUCAACGCGUAUAAAUGCCAUAAGGGAAACAUUUGAAGAAGUUGGAGUUCUACUUUGCUGCAGUCGACAAAAAUGGAGCGGCAUACCAAAAUCCCAUCGCCCUGCAUCAUUUAAAUACGAUUUCGAUAAAGACGACUGGCAAGAACGGGUACACAAUGACCCAAGAGAAUUUUUAAUUAUGUGCCAAAAACUGCAAGUUAUACCAGAUUUAUGGUCACUCUAUGAAUGGGCAGCAUGGGCCAGUCCACCAACUGUUAGAAAAGCCAAUGAAACUGUGUUUUUCAUAACAUUCCUUUCCGAAAAGCCUAUGGUCAAAAUUGAACUUUCCGAAGCAAAGGAUUUUUUAUGGGAAACUCCCAGAGAAUAUUUACGCUUAAAAAAGAAAGACGUUAUUGGAUUUUGGCCGCCGCAGUAUUUCGAAUUAUCCCGUUUAUAUAUGGAAAAGUCAUUUGACAAAUUAUUGCGCUUUUCUUAUCAACGGCGUCACAUGGGCGUCGUAUUAUUCAUGCAUGCUAUUCAUACUUGCACUGAUGGAACUGUUUCUGUGCUGCCGGGAGAUGAUAUGUACCCCAAAGAUCCUCGUUCAUUGCUGAAACCCCGUAAACUGGAUAUAACUAUGGAGCAAUUUCGUCAACAGACAAAAAGAAUAUGUCGCAUUGAAAAUGUGAUAUCACUGCAACCCAAAAUUCACAUAAAUGUACAGCCUGUGUGUGGUCAGUUGAUGCCAUGGACUAGAAAUGAGGACGAGUUGCAAAAGAGCAGUUUGUAAAAUGAACGAUGCAUGUGUGUCUAAAUAUUAUAUGAACAUGUGUGGAAGGAUGCAUGGAAUAAUACGGAUUAUGGGUUGAUGUUAAAUACUUUCAAAUCAAAACAAUAAUGUGUUUAAUUAAUGCAAAACCAAAACAUUUCCUUUUCCGGUCCAACACUCACACAAACAAAUGUUUUUUUUCAAAGCUUGAACAAAGGGCAAUGCAGAAUUCAAAUAUACACUAUGUUUAGUCUAUUUAAACGAAUAAUACUGGUGGGCAUGGGCAUAGAUUUGUUGCACAUAUUAUUGGUACUGUAUGUACUGGUUGCCGGUUAUUUUUAAAACAAAUGAAAGAAAAUAAAAAAAAAAAAAUUAAGAAUCAACCAAUUCAAUGAAA